AUGGUCCAUCAAAGAAACGGACAUCAUAAUGGUGAUAGUUAUUAUAAAGAUAAAGACGGAAAUUGCGAAUAUAAUAGACAUGAUAACAGUUAUUCUGCACCACACCAAAGAUCUUCUCCUAAGAAUAGCAGUAAGAAUGAUAUUACUAAACUAAAACAGCAAUCAUGA